AUGUCCAUUGAGGUAGAGGCGAGCGACGUGGUGCGCGUGGUGCUGCAGUUCCUCUCGGAGAACAAGCUCAACGCCUCUCUCGCCGCGCUGCAGAAAGAGUCUGGCAUCUCGCUCAACGCGACCGACUCUGUCGACCGGCUCACGGCGGACGUGCUGGCCGGCCGGUGGGACGCGGUGCUGACGGCGGUGGCGCCGAUGUCGCUGCCGCGUGGCCUGCUCUCGGAGCUGUACGAGCAGGUUGUCGUCGAGCUGCUCGAGCUGCGCGAGCCGGACACGGCGCGGCAGAUGCUGCGCGGCGCCGCGCCGCUGCUGGCGAUGAAGGCGCACGAGCCGAAGCGGCAUGCGCGGCUCGAGGCGCUCGCGGCGCGACCCUACUUUGAGGCGCGCGACGCAUACGACGGCGGCGUGACGCGGGAGAGCCGCCGCUCCUCGAUCGCCGAGGGGCUGCGCGCGGAGGUCGCGGCGGUGCCCCCCGCCCGCCUCCUCACCCUCCUCGGACAAGCGCUCAAGUGGCAGCGGCAGCAGGGCAUGCUCCCGCCCGAGGGCACAAAGUUCGACGUGCUCGCGGGCGGCGCGGCGCGGCGGCUGGUCGAGCGGGAGGCGUACGUCUCCGUCGCCGGCCCCGUCAUCAAGUUUGGCAAGAAGAGCCACGCGGAGUGCGCGGCCUUUUCGCCCGACGGCGCGUUCCUCGUCUCUGGCUCGAUCGACGGCUUCCUGGAGGUCUGGGACUUUGAGCGCGGGAAGCUGCGGCUGGACCUGCCCUACCAGGAGAGCGACCAGCUGAUGAUGCACGACGCCGCCGUCCUCAGCCUCGGCUUCUCGCGCGACUCCGAGCUUCUCGCCUCCGGAUCGCAAGACGGCGUGCUGAAGGUCUGGCGGCCGCGCACGGGCCAGUGCGUGCGCCGCUUCCCUAAGGCGCACGCGGGCGGCGUCACGUGCGUCGCAUUCGCGCGCGACGGGCUCUCCGUCGCCACCGGCUCCUUCGACGCGCUGGUGCGCGUGCACGGCCUCAAGUCGGGCAAAUGCCGCCGAGAUAAAGCCAUGCGCGGGCAUACCUCUUACGUCAACGGCGUCGACUGGUCCGCCGACGGCAGCCGCCUCGCCUCGGCCUCUUCCGAUGGCUCGGUGCGCGUGUGGGACGCUAAGAGCUGCGACUGCCUCCACUCGUUCCGCCCGCCCGCACCCACCGGCGCCGAGCUCGCCGUCAACAGCGCCACGUUCUUGCCAAACUCGUCCGACGCGCUGCUCGUCUGCAACCGCUCUGCCGAGGCGUUUGUGACGUCGCUCUCGGGAGACAUCACCACGCGCCUCGCGUCGGGCAAGCGGGAGGGCGGCGACUUCAUUGCUUCGAUGGUGACAGCGCAGGGCGGGUGGGUGCACGCCGUGGCUGAGGACGGCUUCCUCUACUCCUUCGACCUCGGAAAGGGCGAGCUCGGCCACUUGCUCAAGGCGCGAGCCUCGCCCCCGCCGGGUCGUCCGCAGGCGCACGAAAAGGACGUGAUCGGCGUGGUCUCCCAUCCGCACCGCAACCUCGUCGCCACGUGGUCCGACGACGGCACUCUCCGCCUCUGGCGGGCGUCGGCCCAUGGCGACUGA